AUGAAGUUUUUUGCAUCGGUAACCAUCGCCAGUGCGGUCGUGCACACGCUUGCCCAUCCUCGGUUUCUAUCCUCCCGCGAGUUUGUUCCUCAGGAGUGGAUCGCUCCAGCUCCUGGAGCCUCUCGUGGUCCCUGCCCUGGCCUCAACACUCUAGCUAACCAUGGGUACAUCCCUCGCGACGGCAAGAACAUCACACUCGACAUUCUCAAGGACGGGAUGCUUACCGGUUACAACAUUGAGAACUUGGAUGCAGUUAUUCUAUUCACACAGGCUAUUAAGACCAGCCCCAAGUAUCCCAACACCCGUAGCUUCGAUCUUGCUGACCUUGGUCGACACAACAUCCUUGAGCAUGACAUUUCUCUCAGUCGCUCCGACGCCUUCUUUGCCGAUCCGAACCCAUUCAAUGAGACCGUGUGGGAGGAAUCCCUUACCUACUUUCCCGACGACCUGAUGACAGUUGAACCAGUCGCCAAGGCCAGAAUGGGCCGCCUAGCUACAUCCAAGAAGACCAACCCCGAGCACUCGCUGUCCAAGCUAGCUGAUGGCUUCAGCUGGGGCGAGAUGGCAUCCUUCUUUGAGAUCAUGGCUGACGGCACCACCGGCACAGUGGAGAAGAAGUUUAUCGAGUACUGGCUGAAGAACGAGCGUAUGCCGACGGAGAUUGGGUGGCAACGAAGACCUACAAUCAUGCGAGGCAGUGAGCGCAUCGAGUUCACUAGGAGGCUUAUGCAAGCUGCUGGUGUUGCUCGUCGUGACAUUAACACUGAUGCCUAUGGUCGUAAAUUGGUUUUGUAG